UCACAUCAUACGGGAUGAUAAUUGUUUCCAAGGUCUUUCUUCCACAGGGCUGGAAUUAGGGUCAGGCUGGGUUGGAGUGGGACUCAGUCUAGCCACGCCCCUUAAUCCUGGCAGUGCUGAGCCAGGGCUUUCAUCUCAGCCUCACUGAUCCAGCAGCUGUCAGAUAGAGGGGGAAGAUGGCAGAGGAGGAAGGUGGUGUGGAUGAAGGGGAUGUGUUCUUGGCAUUUUCCCAGGUUCCCACUCCUCCUAGGGGUCCCUUGCGCCGCGCCUUGGACAAAGUCUUUUUUAUCUUCCUGGUCCUCUUCCUGUCACUGCUGAUGCUAGAGGCUACUUACAAGCUGCUGUGGCUGCUACCAUGGGCAAAGUUUGGGGACUGGCUCCUGAGGACACCUCAGGAGGAAGAGGAACUGGAAUUGUGACAAUCUCCGUACAAACAUCCUCUCUCCUUGCCAUUGAGGUGAGAUGGGAGACUGGAGGAAAAUAAGACUACUGGGGGCUCUGGGACACUUGG